CACUUGUUCCCUUUGUUAUGGUGAGUGGUGGCAGUUGGCCGUGAUUGUUAUGAUUUUACCAUGAAAGUGAGCUUUGUACGAGUGUGAAGUUUAUAUGAAAUAUUUUUGGUGAAAACUUCCAUUAGUGCAUCCAAUCAACGUAAAAGAUGAUCGAAAAGUUAUAUAUCAUAUAUUCACCGUACAAGUGGUAAAAUGUAGGCCCUGAAAAUGUCGUAAAUAAUCAGUUUCUGCGUGUUAGUAAUAUUUCUGAAAAGUUCCGACAAGUCAAGAGCUGUAUAGAAGCAAUCUGAUUCUCAAUGCGUGAGAAAAUUGAAUCCUUUUAUGUAUAUGCAUGAAGUAUUGAAAAAUGCGUACUUCCAUAAAUGACUAAUGCGAAGUAAAUAACAGAUCCAUAGAAUAUAGAAAACAUAUGAUUAAGAAGUAUAUGGAUACUUAUGUAAGUGUCUGGUAGCCAGCCACUAUUAAUAUUUAUAACAGAAAACUACAAUAAAGUAUAUAUAUAUUUGUAUUAGCGAUGUAUCUGCAAGGUACAUCAUCGUUUUAUUAUAUAGAGAAGUUCUUUGUAGCGAAUCAAACAGUGUGUGAUGCAUAUGCAAUUAGUGAAUUGAAGAAGCAACUAUUAUAUUGUAUAUAUAAGUCAUUUUUCUAUAAAUAUUAACUUCGGAAAACAUGCAUAGCAACAGAGAUGAGAAACCAUAUAAAUGUUUUGUGUGUAGCAAACCCUUUGCACAGGUGAGUGCAUUAAAAAAACAUGCAUUUUUCCACACUGGUGAGAAGCCAUAUAAAUGUGAAAUAUGCAGCAUAUCUGUUGCAAGCAAAAGUGCAUUAAAAAAUCAUCUGUUUAUCCACACUGGUGAGAAACCUCACAAAUGUGAACUAUGCAGCAAAUCGUAUGUCUGGAAACAUCACUUAAAAAUUCACAUGUUUUCACAUACUGGAGAAAGACCGCAUAAAUGUGGUAUGUGCAUCAAGGCAUUUGCAGUCAAAAAUGACUUAACAGCACACAUGCUGACACACACAGGUGAGAAACCACAUGCCUGUGUAAUAUGCAGUAAAUCGUUUGCUCGAAAAACUCACUUAAGAGGGCACAUGCGUAUUCACACUGGAGAAAAACCACAUGCAUGUGAUGUAUGCAAUGAGUCGUUUUCGACGAGAAAUUACUUAAACAAGCACAUGAUUAUCCAUGAGGAUGACAAACUUGGGGGUGAGAAAUUACAUGCAUGUAAUAUAUGUAGCAAGUCAUUUAAACUAAAGAGUCAGUUAAGGGUGCACAUGCUUGCUCACACCAAUGUGAAGCCAUAUGAAUGCAAUACAUGCAAUAAGUCCUUUUCACAGAAAGGUCACCUUGAGCGUCACAUGCUUAUCCACAGUGGUGAGAAGCCAUUCGAAUGCGACAUUUGUCUUAAGUCCUUUGCUCGCAAAUGCCAUUUAAAGCAGCAUAAGCUUAUUCAUUCUGGUGAGAAAACGCAUCAGUGUAAUAUAUGUGAUAAGACAUUCGCGUGUAAAAGUUACUUAACUUUACAUAUGCGUACUCACACUGGUGAGAAACCAUUUAAAUGUGAUGUAUGUAGUAAAUCAUUUUCACAGAAAGCUUAUUUGAAAUCGCAUAUGCAUAUCCAUACUGAUAAGAAAGAUAAUGCACAAGAUUGGACAAGUGCUCAAUAUUGGGCACACCAGAGCCUUUUACUCGGCUUUAAGACUUCUUUAUGUGGUUAACUAAAUAGGUGAUGGAAUUGUAGAGUGUUUCCAGUUUUUUGAUAGUUGAAUGUUUUUUUUUUUAAUUUUAUUUUAAAUUGAAAUGAUAUAAAAUUAACCAUUUUGUAAAUAUUGUAAUGUAAUCUAAGUUAAAAUAACUUCAGUUUAGACAAGCUACAGUAAUAUUUAAGCUGCAGCAGUAUUUAAGUACUGAUUUUUUCAUGAUUUUUAAUUAAGGAACAUUGAAUUAUAUUCAGAAAUUUCAUUGCUUAUUUUUAUUAUUUUUACUGAAAUGACUUUCAUUUUGGUUUUUGAUAAAUGUAAAAAGUUUCUACCCUAAAAUAUUUAAAUAAAAAAGU